UGAAGCAUUUUGUUAACCAUCCUAUUGCCCUUCCUGCUCCUGUUGUCAUUGCCUGCUUUCCUGUGAUGCAGACUCCUGGAGUCUAUGAUUCCUGUGAAGAUGAUUAAUUUCCCACAGAAGAUUGCAGGCGAGCUGUACGGACCCCUCAUGCUGGUUUUCACACUAGUGGCCAUUCUUUUGCAUGGAAUGAAGACCUCAGACACCAUCAUUAGGGAAGGCACACUGAUGGGCACAGCCAUUGGGACCUGCUUCGGUUACUGGUUGGGCGUCUCGUCUUUCAUGUAUUUCCUGGCAUAUCUGUGCAAUGCACAAAUCACAAUGGUGCAGAUGCUGUCACUGUUGGGCUAUGGCCUUUUUGGACACUGCAUCACUCUCUUUGUCACCUAUAAUAUCCACUUCCACUCCCUCUUCUAUAUCUUCUGGUUGGUUGUUGGUGGACUCUCCACACUACGAAUGGUUGCUGUGCUGGUGUCACGCACUGUGGGACAUACCCAGCGGCUCAUCCUGUGUGGGACUCUUGCUGCUCUGCAUAUGCUUUUCCUCCUCUAUCUGCACUUUGCUUAUCACAAGGUGGUAGAAGGUAUCCUGGACACAUUGGAAGGACCCAACAUGCCACCCUUUCAGAGAGUUGCCCGAGAUGUUCCAGUUGUUUCCAAUGCUGUACUGAACACAACAGCCAAAGCCAUUGCAUUGACCCUGUAGUUCACAAACUUGGACUUGCUUCCUUCACUACUUCUGGGGCUGCAUAGGGCCACAGUAACCUGCUGUCUCUUAGGAACAGGACAGAACAAUAAGAAGACGACUUGGUUUUGUUUUCCUGGACCUGUCCUUUGGGUUACAGUUUUGAGCAGCUGAGUGGACUCAGCUGAGGUGAGUCGCACCUCAGUGACUCAGAAGAACUACACUCUUCCCCCACCCAGGUCUGGACUGUCUUGAGUAGAGUGGUUCUGUUGCCUGCAUGUUUAGCUGGGAUUUCCCGGCACAGUUUGUCCCUUAGCCCUCUUUCUGCUUGCUGAUGUAACACCAGGAGUAUCUGCCCUGUUCCUGUCCUGAAGAGGGAAGAAUUAAAUUGAUGUUGGUGCUGA